UCAGAAUGGCAAGUAAGACAUAUAAAACUUACAGUAAAUUUACUGGUAAAGAUUCUGCUGCCAGUCGAGCAUUUGAUGAUGUCUUAAACAACAAAUCUGCCCCACCAGUGCCAAUUAAAGCAGAAAAAACCAAAUGGGGAGACACGUCAUUCACACGAGUAAGAAAAGAUGAUCCUUUCCAGGUUACAUUUAAUAAAGUGAAAGUGGAAAAUGAGACUGUAGAUGAAUUUUCCUUUGACCUAGAAGAAGAUGAGAGCUUCAAAAAGAAAAUUCCAGCAAAUAACAGCAGUGCUCCAAGUGCUUCUUCUGGAUUAGGCAGACCUGCUAUUGCUAAUGUAACCAAAACAUCAAAGAAGCAAGUUCCAGCUGAGGUUCCAACACAUUCUCCUAAAGUGGAAAAGGAGGAAAGUGAGUCUAUAAAUAAUGAUGAUGAUGAUGAUGAUCUGGAACCAGUUAUGUUUAAAAGACCAGUUAGAACAUAUUCACGUUCAGUUAAAAAGGAGAAAGCAGCAGAGGAAACACCAGAGCAAAUACAAGAAGAGGAAGAAAGUGAAGGCAUCACAAAAGAGGAGAUGGAAGAUUCUUCUAUUCCAUUUUCAGAAAGGACCGAUGUUUUCUCAGAUAAAAAUGAUGAAGAAGGAAAUUCAAUAUAUGGCAGAGGUAAAAGGGCACAAAAGAUUACGUCAAGAACUCAUAUUCUUCAGUCAGAUGAUGAUGAGAGCUGUGGGGCAACUGUGCUGAAUUUCCGCAGCCGUUACAUGGAUCCUGCUGUGUAUGGCAACUUUGAGUACACACCACAAGGGGAUGACCCAGUGGGACGGAUGAAUAAUAGCAAAGUUCUUCAGCAGAGUGAAAUCAAACAUGGAAAAGGAUCCACAUUGAUUGUGAUUUGCUCUCCAAAACCACCUGCUCAAGGAACAACAAAACUUCAUCCAGUAAGAACCUACAAAGUUCGAGAUCCAAAUGCAAAAGCAUCAGAAGAAGGAGAAAAACCCCAAAAGGAAGAAUAUCAAGCCAUCCCACCAAAACCAAUUAUCAUUAGAAAUAGACGGCGCCCCCAGAAGAGGAAAGCAGAAGAUGCAUCUAAACCAUCUGUUCCUCCAAUAGAGACCCUUAUUAAUCUAAAGCAAGAACCAAAGUAUACCCCAGCACCUCUAAAAGAUUCAAACAAAACAAAGGAUACAAAACCCAGAAAAAAUAAGAUCUUUAAGUCCAGAAACAAGGUGGAGGAUGAAGGAGAGGAAAAAGAGGUCCCUGUUCCUUCAGAAGAUACAGCUGUCAAUGAGGAGGAGGCACCAGUCUUAGAACCACAGGUGGAUGAUUCUAUUGUCUCUCAACAAGAAUCGGUCACCUCUGAGGAUAAAGACACUGCUUUUGGAUUUGAAGAAAUGGAUGUUGAUAAAACUCCCGAGAAUUCACAAGAAGAAAUUCUGGAGGGUGAAACAUAUAGGGAAAUCCCAAUAAAACUAAAAAGAGUGGAAGAGCUUCAGAGGGAGGAUAAUGGGGAUAGUCAGUCCUCAGAGGGGGAGAUGGAAAGUUCACAGGAGAUGCCAUCUUCUCAAGAAUCCACAGAAGAAUUCAAACAACCCAGUAGAGAACGCAAGAUAUUUAAAUCUAAGAAUACAAGGACAGCACAAAAGAAGGUGUCUCCAAGUCCAAGGAAGUCACCAGCAAAAGCAACAUAUAACGUGAGGUCCUGGCAAGAAGAUUUUGAUGAAGAGGAACGGGUAACCAUGAUGAUGCAAAGAAAUAACAAGCAGAAUCAAGAGGAAGAAAAUGGUUCACAGAGUGGUCCUCCUAAACUGACCCGUUACUCAACGUGGCCCCAGUCUGGACCAGAGGCCAAGAAACCCCCUGAGGAGCCCCCUAAGCUGACCCGUGCUGUUCACUGGCCAGACAGAGAGGGAGAUGAGGCAUAUACUUCUGUUCACAUCAAUAAAGAGCACAAACAGCUUUACACUGUGGUGAGGAAUGUGAAGGAGGCCCAUGAGUGUCAGGAACAUGGAGAGACCCAGGAGUUUGCUGAUGAUGUAGAGUAUCUGUUGUCUGGGAUACAGGAAGGAGAACCCAUGUCCACCAGGUGUCUCAGUUGUAUUGGUCUUGCCCAGAAGAGUAUUUUACCAGCAUUUAGAAUGCACCUACGAGCCCAUGGAACUGUGGCUAAGAUAUUUGGUCAUCUGAAGGAUGCUGUUUCUGAUCCAAGUUUAUCUCUGUGCACUGCCUUGUUGAUGUUUAUGAUGAGUCGAGAUCGACUGAACAUGGACCUGGAUCGACAGAGUCUGGAUCUGAUGUUGAAGCUGCUAGCGGUGGACAAUCAGGAGGAACAGAGUGUUACUCUGAUGGGAAAGAGAACCCUGAACCGUAACAAAGAUCGUGCUCGAGAGGUGUACGUGCAGUGGAAGGCUGAGGGUGGGGCCACUAAUCUACCAGAGUUAGAGGAUGUCUCAACAGGAAAUCUUGCCAUGGAAUCUCUGCUGAGUUUAACGUCACGUCGAGCAGGAGAAUGGUUCAAGGAGGAAUUACGGAGCUUGGGGGCUCUAGACCACAUUGUAGACACUGUGUGUUCAUGUAUAGAAGCUUUGGGAGAUGACACCACCUUGGUUACAGACAGUAUGCUGGAAAACAUGAAGAAAAUAGACAGAUGUCUACGAGUGCUGGAAAAUGUGUCCUUUGUGAACACUGAUAAUCAGCUGUAUCUCAUUUCAUACAAGGCAGGCAUUCUAGUGACUUCUUUAUGCAGAGCUCUUAGUCUGUGUGAGAAAUGCUUUCCUGUUUACCCAAUCAAUAGCUCUGAGAACAUAGACAAGGGAUCAACAGGAUAUGUCAUUCUUAGUCUGGUGUUGGCUAUACUACGAGUCCUUAUCAACAUCACUCAUGAUAAUGAGUUUGGUUGCACAAAAGUGGGAGACCAAGAAGGCUUCAUCAAGACAGCCCUGAUCUGUGUACUGGACACACCCCGAUAUGUUCCUGUGGAUAUGAGAUUUGACAUGCUUGUUCUGAGUUUAGGUUUACUGAUUAACAUGGUGGAACAUUGUGGGGUCAACAAAAGAAAGCUAGUGGAGUCGGAGACCUGCAGGUCUUAUGAGGUGGCUCCAGAAAAUGCACAGGUGCAAGUCCCAGCUACCAAAGCACUUUGUGAGGUUUUUUCUACAAGAUUUGAAAUUGCUAAAACCAUGGAAGAACAAGAUUUUGGUGAGCCCUCGACCCCAAAAGCUUCACCGAACAAAAGUGGGGAGUGGAAGGAGUCAGACUCGGGGAUUGAGUGGGUUGUAGCUUCUGCAAAGAAGGACAAGGAGGGAAAAGAUACAAGUCGGGUUGAGUCACCAGUGGAUGACAAAGCAGAUAAUCUGGAUGAUGAAGAAACAUUUACUAAAGCUUUACAUAGGGCAGGCAAACACAUGGAGAACAGUGUAAUAGCUGCAUAUGUGGCCUUACUCCUGGGCUGUCUAAUACAGGAUAAUUCUAUGUAUGUCAGCCAAGUAAAGAAUCAUUUAGAGUCUGGAAGUUUUGAAGAUCUUAUUACAAUUUUGAAGAAAUUCUUAGGGUUUAUGAAUUUAACGCGUGCAAUUGGAAGUACUGGAGGAAAGUCAAUAGCUCAUGUCAUUGAAGUUCUAGAGGGAUGCUAGCAGA